UGUAUUUUUCAACAGUUUAAUUUCAUUCCGAGGGAGAUGGUAAUUUUACAAAAAUGUAUGGUAAGAUUUAUUAAGAGAAGUCUUAGUUUAAUAUUCUUGUACAUUUAUUUAAGAUAAAAAAUAUUAUUUUAUGGCAUAUUGAAAAAUAAAUUAAAGGUCAUAAAAAGUAAUGAAACUCAGACAGGUAAAUUAAAAGUAAAUUUAAUAAAUGAUCCCAACCACGUCUAAAUAAGGGAAACUACUCUUGUUUUCGUUUUUGUUUACAGUUUACACAGUCUGACUCUGACGGUUUCACAUUUUGCAGUAUAAACGCCACAGUGAAAGAUUAACUGUAGUGGAUAUAUAGUUAUGACAUAAAGUAUUUUAUCUAUCCCCAUAAUAAUGGCUGUAAGUAUUAUAGUGGUUGAAAUUAAUAAUAACUUAUAAUAACACUUGUGACUUUGAGUGAGUUAUUGAUCAUUGAUAGAAGUUAUAAAAAGUUUCAGUUUAUAGGCCCUAAAAUUACUAAUACUAUAACUAUAACUUACUAUAACUAGGCACUUGAAUACAAAAUUUAAAAAAAUUGAAAUAAUUUUUUUAAUAACACAGUUAGUUAGAGCAAAUUUCAAAUAAAAAAAUGAAACCAGAAUCAACUUUUUAGCUUAAGUACUUUUUGAGCUAUGAAUUUUUAAAGUGUGAGUUCAUUUGGUAUUUUUUACUAUGGACGAAACCUCCACAUCUUGUGACCUCAUUCCGCUAAUCGCGUCAUGUGCAAUGACUAUAUAGUUUAUACAAGGCAACGCAUCGCCUUAUCACUAAAAUACUGUUUAGGGUCGACUUAGUUUAAACUUUAAACUUUGGCCCAUGAAUAAUUAAUUAAAGCUUUCCCUGACCAAUGGUAUAGUAGUUUUUGCACAUGGCAAACUCUUAUGGUUGAAACUCUGAGGUAGUACUACGAUACAGCCAUGAUGCAAGUGGCUGUGAAUGGUUGCCAAUGACAACGUGUUGCACACGGUAAAUUCUGAUCAUUUAUAAUAUGGAUUCUACCGGGUUUUUAAAGCUCAAAUUAAAACAUUCCAGUUUAAAUGUCUUCAAAAUGCAUUCUGAAACACAAGUUAUCAAUUAUUUUGAUGUAAAUAGUGGUAAUAAAUUAAUAUUUCCUAAGUAUCGGCAACUUACGCCAUUAAAAAUGAAAUGGGGCGUGGCCCACCCCAUGGCGAAAUUAGGUUGAGCGAGCUGCAUGACCUGCUGCGAACGCGUAUAAACAUGGCGUCUCUCGUAAGACACUUAUCGCUGUGAAAAUUGGCAUACAUGUAGAUCAAUAGAUUCCCCAGAUGCAAAAAAAAUUUGGUAGUGAUAAAUUGUUUCCUUCGACUUAAUUUUAAUGAUGAAAGUUGCCUUAUAUUUACCAAGGAUUUUCUCAAAGCUGACUGAUUGUAAAUGAAAAAGAAAUUGAUUAAAAUGUAGGCCAAGAUGUCUACCUAAUUAUAAGGCCGAAAACGGAACUCAAAUAUAUAUAUGACAACGUGUUGCACACGGUAAAUUCUGAUCAUUUAUAAUAUGGAUUCUACCGGGUUGUUAAAGCUCAAAUUAAAACAUUCCAGUUUAAAUGUCUUCAAAAUGCAUUCUGAAACACAAGUUAUCAAAUAUUUUGAUGUAAAUAGUUGUAAUAAAUUAAUAUUUCCUAAGUAUCGGUAACUUCCGCCAUUAAUAAAGGGGCGUGGCCCACCCCAUGGCGAAAUUAGGUUGAGCGAACUGCAUGACCUGCUGCGAACCCGUAGAAACAUGGCGUCUCUCGUAAGACACUUAUCGUUAUGAAAAUUGGCAUACAUGUAGAUCAAUACAUUCCCCAGAUGCAAAAAAAAUUUGGUAGUGACAAAUUUUUUCCUUCGACUUAAUUUUAAUGAUGAAAGUUGCCUUAUAUUUACCAAGGAUUUUCUCAAAGCUGACUGAUUGUAAAUGAAAAAGAAAUUGAUUAAAAUGUAGGCCAAGAUGUCUACCUAAUUAUAAGGCCGAAAACGGAACUCAAAUAUAUAUCGAAAGUACUAAUUUAAUAAUAAAUAGACACACACAUCGGAAAAUUAAAAACUCUGAUUUUUCGGCGCCGAUUUCUAUUUCCGAUACACAAAAAGUAGUAGUCUCCCUUGUUUCAUCGAAGUAUCUAACUAUAACUAAUAGUAGUAAUAAUAGUUAUGUCAAUUACUGGCACUGCUACUUUUACUAUUGCCUACUAUCUUUUUUACUUGUUCAAAAUACUGAAAAUACUGUACUGUAGCUGUCUGUCACAAUACUAAGACUAAUUUGAGUUGACUUUGGCUUGGCAAUCUGCUUCGCAACCGCUGCGGCAACGCAAUUAGUCUUAGUUCCUUUUAUUGGAGUUUCAAGUUGACUUGGAGCCCUUUUUACAAGCCCUAAAGUGUUACACCUGAUUUGCCUUAAAAAAAUAACGAAUUAAAGGGCUCACUUUACAUAAAUAAAACUAUAUAUAAUUGACUAUAUGGUAAAUUUAUGCAAUCCUCAUCUCUUAUUUCCCAUGGCCGCCAUCAUGUAAAAAAAACAGUAAUGCAAACGCACAUCUGCUAAAAUGGGGAGGAGGAAGAGAGAAUGUGACAAUGUGCUGUUUUCUCUAGACUCUUAGAAUGUUUUAGCUACUUACUUAAGUUAAUGGUCACCCCCUUUCUGGAAUAAUUUCAGCCGGUACUUUAAUUUCAUGGUGAAUGUAGCAACUUUUUUGCAUCCCUCUAGAUAUGUGGCAAGAAAAUGGUCUGCGGUCGCUGCCUUCCUUCAACUAAAACAUGUGUGCUACAACUAUAGUUACACACUGUGGUGAGAAAAGUACACCAAUGAAGAAAACAAUACAAAAUAUUUUUUAAAUAAUGAAACCCCAACUAGCAGUUUCUUAAAAUACAAUUUGGUUCCAUCAUUAUUUGAAUUUAUAUAUAAAAAAAUAAUAUCUUACGUUUAAAAUAGUAAUGAAGGAAGGUAGAAUAUAUGCUUCAGAAUAGUAUUUUCUUAUUCAAAUAAUUAUUUUGCAGCUAAGUGGAUCAAAAAUGGGGAGGAAAGCUAAAUCCUAAAAAAAAAAUGUAUUGUGGUCUGCACUAAAAUGGUUUUUUUCCCGGUACUUUUGAACCACUUGAGCUAGAAAGUUGAUCUUGGUGUUUUUGUAAAUCAUUCAUUUGGUUGGCUCUAUUCAAUAAAAUUGCAGUCAUAUUUAUUUCUAGAAAUAUUUUGAUAUUUCACCAAAUUACCUAUAUUUUCAUCAGUGUCACUGUCUGACAUGGUGAAAUUUCAUGAUACACAUUUGGUAAAAAAUAACUGAUUAAAAUGACACUGUAAACUAUCAAUGGGAGCUGCCAUUUUAAUGUUCAUUUGUACAAGAAAUGCAAGAAGCAGUCUGAUUAGCUGGUGUGAAACAUAUGCCAUCCAUGGCAUAGUUUGGUAUUAUUGGACCAACAUAUUGGCUCAUUGUUUUUUUUUCCAUUCAUCUCACUCGGCUUUGUCAUCUCAAAAGGGUUAAUAAUAAUAAUAAUUAGUGGUCUUUUAUAGCGCGGUACCCCAGCCUAGGGCUGGGCUCACCGCACUGUACAUACAAAUAUUAUCUAAAGAGACAUAACCAUGACAUUACAAUCAAAUACAAUUUUGAAAUAAAGAACAGCAUAAACCCCAGGACUUUUACAAGGCAAAUCAUGGACGCAGCCAACAAGAUCAUUUAUCGGUCAGAGGAGGGGAAUCAGUCAGGGUAGUAUAGCUUAAAUAGAUGUGUUUUGAGUUCAGUUUUGAAGGCCUGGGUGGUUGGUAUAUUGCGGAUGUGUAGUGGCAAAGAAUUCCAUUGUUUGGGGGCACAGAAAGAGAAAGAUCGUUCACCAUAUGUUUUAGUGUGUGUCUUAAGAAUGGACAGAAUACGCGUGUCUGCGGAAGAGCGAAGCUGUCGAAGGGGUGAAUAGACAGAAAGAAGUUCUGUUAGGUAGGAAGGCCAGGAAUCCGAGAAAAAGUUGUGACAGAGAACAAACAACUUGUAGUCAAUGCGUGCCUGUAUAGGGAGCCAAUGAAGGGAGUGUCCUGCUGAAUACUACUGGCACCGCGAGCAGGGGAUAGUUGCAGAAGUCGGUGUUCUAAGGCUGCUCUUCGGGCUAGCAUGUGUUUCUCUUCUCAGCUGUCACUAUCCUUCUGGCUUCGUGAGAUUGAGCUCCCUUCUUGACAGCUGAUCUCGGCAUGGCUCUGUCCUGGGCUGUCUGCACCCAUUCAAUAGGGUUGAUGUUGAAGGCGUUUAGUGAUGCUUUCAGGGUGUCUUUGCUUCGUUUUCUUUGACCUCUUAGGGAGUGCUUGCCCAAGGUGAGUUCACCAAAGAAUAUCUUUUUAGGAAGCAGGUUGUCCUCCGUACAGGCUAUGUGUCCUGCCCAACAGAGUUAAGACUGCAUCAGGGUGGUGAAGAUGCUAGGUAGGUUCGCUCUAUCGAGAACCUUCCAAUCUCAUUAUCUUCCCACCUGAUGCCGAGGAGUUUCCUGAGGCAGGUUGUGUGAAAGUGAUUUAGUUUCUUGGUGUGACGCUGGUAGACUGUCCACGUUUCACAUCCAUAGAGCAAUGUCAAGAGGUCUUCUGUGCCAUAUACCUUGAUCUUCGUUUCACGUCUGAUACCUCUUCUGUCCCAAACAGUGCUGCGGAGUCUGACGAAUAUUGCACUCAUUUUUGCAAUUCUCCAUUCCAUAGUUAUAAUGUUCAUAUGGAAGUCAAAUGCAUGAUUUGCCUUGGUGAUCCUUUCAAUGAUUUCCAUGUCACAGUCAUCAUAUGGUAUAAACAUUUCGUCCUACUAGAAGCUAUUCUGUCACAAAACACUUUUCCAUUCAGUUUUUUCUGCAUAUAUUCGGUAAUAAUAGUAUAGAGGCAGAUUCAUAUAAUCUACACCUUCAUUUUCAAAAGGGUAUGCAGAACUAAUAUUAAAUUAUUUAUUUCAUAUUAUAUUUUUUCCAGAUUCCAAAGUUGUUUCAAUGGCUCCUGGGAGUUGGUUCCUUUAUGACAGUUUGGCUUGCAUAUUUAAUUGGUUACAUACAAACAGAUCUACGGAAGGAGUACCAUGAAAUUAUUAUUGCGGUACAAAGCAAAUUUUUGUCUCUUAAGUGCUACCAAAUAAUUUUCCUUAUUCAUUUUAUUUUUUAAAGUUUAGACUAAAAACUGACCCAAAUUAAGUGAUAAUUUAUUAUAUUCUACUAUACUACAAUAGAAGAUAUAAAUUUUGAUUGUAUUUUUCUAUUUUCAUUGAACUUUAUUUAUUUCUUUUUAUAUCUUCAGCUGCCCAUCUACUUAUUGAUUACAUUUGCUGUAAGUAUACCAGCUGGUGCUUAUAAGAAAGAAUUGGAUGCAUUAGUAUAAUAUAAUAUGUUUAAAUGUCAUUUUAUAGAUUUAUACAAUCCUUAAAAUGCAGGUGGUAGUCAAUUGAAAAAAUGCAUAGUAAAUGGAGAUUUAUUCACAGCCUAUGAUAAUUAAUAAUUAUAACAAAUGUAAAUGUAAUAACUUUUAAUAUGCACAUUUAUCAAUAAAAGUGCAUUUUUUAAGUGUUAUAAACGGGGAGGGGGGGGGGGAGAAAAAGUAUAAAACUUUCCAGUGAAUGUCCAGAGCUUGAAAAUGAUCUAAGUCUUAGUGCUUUGAGUUUGUGUGAAAAUUGAUGAUUGGUUAGAUUGUUUCCCCCAAAAUAAUAAAAACAUGCCUGAAAUUAAGUCAAUAACAAAGUUUUAAGGUAGCUUGAAAGUCAAAGUCAGCAUCCAUUGCUUGGUGGUUUACUUUAAACAACUGUAAAAGUGAAUUAAUACUGUCCUAAAAUGAGACUUUAUGAUAACUAUGUACUUAACCACUGAAAAUCACUCUCUUAUCCUUUAAUUGGGCAAUGUAAGGCAAUACAAUAUGAUAUCUUAUGAAGGGGUUGACAAUUAAAUCAAAUUUAGUAUUCUAAUUUAAUUCUCAAUUAGUUACAAAGUGGUGGCAGUGUAAAAAAGGUAUACCUUAUGUAAGUAUGAACUAGCACUGUUUCAGUACAGGCUAUAAACUUUUAAAUGCAAUAUAAUUGAUAAUAGUUUUAUUAUCUUAAAAUCAAUUUAAAAAAAUCAAAAUUGCAAUGAUUUAGCAUUGUAAAUAAUAUAUAUAUUUUUUUGUUAAUUUAUUGCAAAGAAUACAUUUUCCUCCACAAAGAUUGCGUUAGAAUUCCAUGUAUAUUUUUUUUUUUCUUUUUUCACUCUAUCUUUAAAAAAAAUAAUUUCUAAACCAUUUUUAUGUGCAAUAUUAUUUCUGGUGUUUGCUAUGUGGUUACUGGUAUUUUAUUACAUGUCAAGAAUUAGGUCCCUUUUGACAUUUAAAAAAAAAAAAAUAUAUAUAUAUAUAUUCACAGCACUUCGGAGUGCUAUAUUUCAGCUCCCAGUCAUGCAGGAAUAAGACAUUUGAGGUGUGUGAUCUUGUUUUGGAGAGCAAGGCCGACCUUGUGUUCAUUACCGAGACAUGGUUUAAACAUGUCAGAGAUGAGGUUAAGCUUCAAGAAAUUACACCUCCGGACUAUGUCCUUCACUCUUGCCCACGGCAGUCGCGCAGUGGUGGGGGUAUUGCUGUCCUUUAUAGGAGCUCCCUCUUGAAUAGUGUGGCCUUCUCAAAAUCGGCCGAGUUUGUUUCCUUUGAGAUGUGCAAGAUGCAACUUACUUAUGGUGAACUAGGGAUGACAUUUCUGUGCAUAUACAGGCCACCUCCAAAUAGGCAAAAUAAGUUGAAGAUCUGUCAGUUUACUGUGGAGUUUUUACAACUCCUUGACAUGUACGCCACCACCAACAACAAUUUCAUCAUAAUCGGCGACAUAAACUGCCAUUUUGACUCCACCACCGACAGCUUCGUGAAGACCCUAAAAUCAGCUCUCGAAACACACACAGAAUGACUCAGCUUGUCAGUGUCCCAACGCAGAAGCAGAGUCACAUCCUAGAUUGGCAGAUUGUCAGAGAGGACUGUGCUGCUAUGAGCCGUAACCUCAUUAUUGAGGACAAACUUAUCUCUGAUCACUUCCCAGUCACCAUCGACUUUGACUUGAGGAAGCCAGGACGCCUUCUGCGCACAGUCACAUCCCAUGACCUCAGACAGAUAGAUCUAGUGGCCUUCAGAUCUGAUGUCGCAGCCCUGGGGUGCAGUGAAGAUGACCCUGCUACAUGCAACAGUGGCCUCAGAGUCAUUUUAGACAAACAUGCACCACUGUCCACACGCAAGUUACGGACCACCCUUCCACUCCAUGGCUCACGGCUGAAAUAAAGGACGCGAAGUAGAAGCAGCGACGUGCAGAACACAAAUGGUGGAAGUUGGCUUGACCGUGCACCCACAAAUCUUCUUGAUCACAAGGAACAAACUAAGAAUAUGUCAGUCACCAUAUUGUAGAGUGUGGCUUUGGUAGGGAAUGGUUUCGUAUUGUGGGUCAGCUGACCGGUAAACAGACGAACACAAUUUGCCAAAUAACAUUGCUGUGGGCGUCCUGCCAAUGAGUUCUUUAUAACGAAAGUCACGAAGAUCAGGGCGAGACUUGAAAUUUGCACAGAUGCUCCCAAAUUCUUGCCAUUUAAAGGCAGUCCUAUAUGAACGAAUUUUUAGAGGUCACUGAAACAGCUGUAAAGAAAAUCUGUCUGACUCCCCGAAAAAGUCAUGUUUGCUUGACCCUUUUCCGGCAAGGCUGUUGUACGAAUAUUUAGAUGAAAUAGUACCUAUCAUAACUAAUAUCAUAAAUCAGUCUUUAAAAUCUGGUAUUGUUCCAUCUUCUUUUAAAGAGGCAGUUGUAACAGGUGAAUCUCGACCCAAAUGUGUUGGAAAAAUUAUCGCCCGUCUCUAAUCUUCCAUUUGUAUCUAAGAUUUUGGAGAAAUUCGUUCUCCGUCAGCUCCUGAAUCACCUCAUUCGAUGUGACUUGUUUGAGCCUUUCCAGUCAGCAUACAGGGUGCAUCACUCUACCGAGACAGCCCUGUUAAGCAUCGUAAACGACCUUCUGUCAUCUUGUGGUGAGGGCAAGAUAUCCCUUAUGUCGCUACUCGAUCUAUCGCCUGCGUUCGAUACGCUUGACCAUGGCAUACUUCUCCAACAUCUGGAAAAUAUGUUCGGUUUCACCGAUACCAUCCUGAAAUGGUUUCAUUCGUAUCUAACAAAUCGGGUCCAAUCAGUUAUUGCAAACGGCUUGACCACGAAGCAAUCUUUCAUCGAAUUCGGAGUACCCCAGGGCUCGGUCCUAGGCCCGGUGCUUUUCACAAUGUACGUUCAGCCCGUGGAUGCAGUUCAGUGAUCAAGCAGUUUGACAUGCUAUAUCGCAUGUUUGCGGAUCACACCCAACUUCGGCAAUCUGUGAUCCCCUCUCAGUUCCCUCAGGUUCUUAGUAUGACACAGAAGACAGUGGAGUCAGUUAAGCACUGGAUGACUAUAAACAAUCUUAAACUGAAUGAUGAAAAGACCGAGCUGAUCCCCAUUGCCACCGCUCAAAAGCUAAAAUAUAUAAAUAACACACAAACCCUUGCUCUCUCAGGGAUACAGAUUGAGUUUGCUAAAACAGUGAGAAACCUGGGUGUCUAUUUAGACAGAACACUAACUAUGGAAAAUCACAUUAACAUGCUCUGCAAGGCGAUUUUUCUAGAGCUGCGCAGAAUUAGUCAUUUCAGACCUUUCUUAACGUUAGAUGCAUCACAGAACCUGAUGCCUGCAUUUGUGCUAUCACGCAUGGAUUACUGCAAUACUCUUAUGGUGGGUCUUCCAGCUACGCUCCUGGAUAAAAUUAAAAAAGCACAGAAUAAUGCGGCUUGCAUCGUUCUUCGCAGACACAAAUUUGACCAUGCUAAAACACUUCUGAGAGAGUUGCAUUGGUUGCCGGUUCGCGCUCGUAUAGAGUACAAAAUUGCAACUCUGUGCUACCGCUGCAUGCAUGACCUGGCACCGUCCUAUCUCAAAGAGCUGCUGACGCCUUAAGUACCCACUAGACAACUCCGCUCAUCUGAUAGUGGCAAACUCUUGAUACCACGUGUUCGCCUUGAGACUUACAAGGGGCGUACUUUCGCAUUUGCUGACCCAACAAUUUGGAACACCCUUCCUGUCGCUCUCAGAAAGAGCCAGUCACUGGAGUCUUUCAAAACUGAUUUGAAGACAUAUCUAUUUCGUAAACACCUGCUGGGAUGAUGUUGCCUAUCUAGCUAUUAUCUUGAGGAUGUGUAUUGGCCUGUGUUGUUUAUGGUUAUUAGGUAUGAAAGACUUAGAAUGGGUAUUCUCGUAUAUAGUUUUUGCAAUGUUGCAUUUUGUAUUUCAAUGUGGUAUAUUAUAGAUCGUUUCAUUUCUCUUUUAAUUUACUAGACUAUAUACCGCGCUUCGAGCCUUUGGGGAUGAAGCGUGAUUAUAUAUAUAUAUAUAUAUAUAAUUGUAUAUAUGUUACCGGCAAUGUGUGAAAUGCAGGCAUUGUAUAGAAUGCCUGGCGGUUUUAGGCAAAGUAUGAAAUAUUUUAUUUUCGUGAUUAAAUUACAUACUUUGCCUAGGCAUUUUAUACAUUGCCUAGGUAUUAUAUAUAAUGACAAAUAUACUUCAGGCAAAGUUUCAAAAGAGCGUAAAGAAUUUUUUUUUAAUUGGAAAAACACAUUUGAAUAUGAAAGAUAACAAUAAAACUGGCAAGCAAAGGUGUCAUCGAGCUACUUGUUGCAGCAAGUAAGGCUGAAUUGCACUUAAUUUUCUUUUUCAAACAAAGACACUUCAUAUUUUGGCACCUGGCCUUGCACAUAUACCUCACGUUUCCUUGACCGCUUCCUGUUGACUGAGAGAUAGCAGCAGAUCGGAGAGGUAUUUCAUGGGCCGGGACGUCUUCAACUCUCAAUAAAUCUUUUGGACAUACAGUGAACUGUGAUACCGAAUACAGUUGUUUCAAGAUUCCUUGUGCAGUUCCAAGUCGGUAAAAGCCGUCUUCUGUCUCUGUCAUAACAACUGCCAACAGAUUGUGCGAGUCACAACGUCCCUUGUCAACGUCAGGAAUAGGAACUCGCACAGUGGCUCUAAAGGUGCAGGAGGGAAUUUUUUUGUCAGAGUUUAUUUUCAUUUUUUUGGCCUGGAUUUCAAGAUUCGAUUUAGAUUCUUUUCUAGCCUCUAUAGCUCUCUUUAUCUUGAAACACAAGCUGCACAAAAUACCAACACCAUAACCUUCUAUUUCUUCGACUCCAUCGUCUUUAGCAACAUGCCCACAGAUCACAUGUACAUUACGGUGACAGUUUCGGCAUGUAUGGGCACCGCUGCUUUUUUUUUAAAGCAGGCACAACAAACACCAGAAGUGGAAGGCUCUUCGGUAACCAUGACGUCACAAUCAGUUUGGUUUCCUCCAUUACUGGUUGCAUUCUCUUCAGUAUUCUUUAUAGCAGGCUCUGUAUCUUGCAUCUGACGAUUUGCUUCUUCCUGCUGUGUUGUUUUUACGCUUUCUAUUAUUUUUUCGAGUUCUUUCUCAGUCUGUAUGUCUUGCAAAACGUCAGCUUCAUAAGGCGUUCUCUUGAUCCCAGAAUGAAAGGCCCUGUUCUUCAUAAGGCGUUCUCUUGAUCCCAGAAUGAAAGGCCCUGUUCCUCCUAAGCCGUUCUCUUGAUCCCAGAAUAAAAGGCCCUGUUCUUCAUAAGGCGUUCUCUUGAUCCCAGAAUGAAAGGCCCUGUUCCUCCUAAGGCGUUCUCUUGAUCCCAGAAUAAAAGGCCCUGUUCUUCAUAAGACGUUCUCUUGAUCCCAGAAUAAAAGGCCCUGUUCUUCAUAAGGCGUUCUUUUGAUCCCAGAAUGAAAGGCCCUGUUCUUCAUAAGUUGGAUGAAUCAUAAUCCCUCAGCCCAGUGGUCAGUUUUUUUUUUUACCUUGCAUCCAAGCACAUAGCAUGUUUUCGAUGUCUUGAUUAGCUCUUUCGACACUGCCCUGGCUUUGUGAGUGGCACGGUUUACCUUAGACGAUCUUCAACUUUAGCCAAUACUCUUUUAGGCUGUUCACCACAUUGUUGGUAAAUUCCGGCCAUUAUAGGACUGUAAAAUUGAUGGAGCUCCAAGCAACGUAAAUAUUUCCACUAGUGUGUAGGCUACCUCUUCCGCCCUCUUGGAUGUUAAAGCCCUCAGAACCACAAACUUUUUGAGAUGAUCUUGGUACACCAUUAUAAAUUUAUAUUCCCUGUCAGGAUGGGAUUGAAAAUCGAUAAGAUCGACCUGACCACGGGAGUUGAAUUCAGAAAAAAAUCAUAGGCUUCACCACAACACCCUUUGUGACACCUUUUUGUUUCUUCUGGCACGGCUCACAAAGGUGGAGGUAAAGUUCAAUAUCAUUACGUGCAAUGUUCUUAUACUUGUGUGAAAGUUCUUUCAACUUUCUGUCCCUUCCUCCAUGUUCCACGGCCAAAUGAGCCUCGUGAAGUACGUCAAAUAAUUCUGAAUCCGUGACAUAGAACUGAAUAGCACAGUCGCCUUCUUUAACAGGAUAGAUCAACUUGCUUUUGUUGUCUACCGCCAUUAAAUCAGAGCGUUUCAGCAGCCAAUAGUCUCGUGGUUUCUUCCGAGUUGUCAUCCGAGCCAUUUUCACAUCAUCCACUUAUUUUUGGUAACUAGUUUCCGUUAGAGAAACGCAGAUUUUAGCAGUAUUAGCUCGUAAUUGAGAAAGUUCAUCGUAGAACCGCCGCUGCAUGUCAACAUACCGUGAUUCCUGAUCUGAAGCUACAAUCUGAUCUUCCAACAUCUCGGCAGCCAUCUUGAAACAAAAGGGGUAGCGUCUUUGGUGGGAGUACGAAGCACGUGUGUCAUGAUCACAACGCCACCACCAAGCAAAGAAUCCAACAUGAAUGGCGGGGUAUUCUAUACAUUGCCGGGUCGCUCUUAGGCAUUAUAUAGAAUGCCUAGGAAAUGUGUGAAAUAUAAACCAUUUCAUACUUUGCCUACAAUUUUCAGGCAUUCUAUAGAAUACCUAGGCAUUCUAUAAAAUCCAGGAUUUCACACAUUGCCUGUAACAUAUAUAUUCUUUCCUUUACACAAGUGACUGUGUGAAGUGAAAUUUAAAAAAAACAACUUAAUCAUAUAUAACUUCAUUUCAGUGAGUGAUUAAACUAAACUAAAAUAAGAGUUUUCAAUUCUGGAAAAUUUAAAUAGUACUAGUAAUAAGAUUUUUUGAAUUAGGUUUAAAACCUGUUGCAUAAUGAUUUCAUCCCAAUCCAAAAAAAUCAUGUGAUGUGAUGUCACUAGUGGAUUUUAAAAUUGCACUAACUUUUUGAUUCAAUAAUGUUGACAUCUUACUUAAUAUUGACAUAUUGAGGACAUCUCAAUAAUUGCACCAUUUGGGGUUAAAUUUAAAAGAAGUCGCUCUACAUAUACCUGUUAGGUUUUUUUAAAGUUAACAAUAAUUUCUGUAUUUUGAUUGUAAAAAAAAAAAUUCUACUUUGACCUAUUGCUGGAAAGUUUACGUUUAUUUGUUCUUUAUCUCAGUGUUUCACGUUAGGAAUGAUUGGAUACAGAGUGGCAACAUUCAAUGAUUGUGUAGAGGCAUCAAAAGAAUUAAAAGAGGUAUUUUAAUCAACAUGAUAUCUAAACCUUUUAUUCAUUUGUAAUUAUUUUAUGAGCCACUGUAGUACAGAGGUACCCGGUAAUCAAAAUAACACAAUGCAUGAAACUGAUUAAAUUCUUCUCAUCAGCUCACAACUGUACACUGCCUAUUAGUUUAGCUUUACCAUCUAGUCCCCACAAAAAAAAGUAUUGGUUGCAGACCUCAUUGAAUCAUAUUAUUAUUUCAGUGUCCAAAGAGAGAUUAUAUUUAAACUAGGGUGUUUCAUGCAAAUCCCAAAACGAAAAUGAUACAAUUACCUACUGAUUUUAAAAUAUCAACAUUUAAACAGAAUUUAAGCCACUUGACUUAAUAAGCCUUAAAAAUUGUCCUGGAUAAAGUACAGGAACCAUUUUUCCACCGUUUGGUUGUAAAAACUUCUAUAUAUCUUUUUAAAAUUACUCAGUAUGCAUAUUUAAAUAUUUUUUAUAUAUAUUUUCCUUUCAGCUAAAACUUCAGCAAAUAUAUAUUAUAUAUAUAUAUAUAUAUAUAAAUAAAUACAUACUAUCAAUCUAUGUUCGUUAUACUAAAGAAAUUUGAAUAACUGUAGAACUACCCCCAAAAAUAACUUUUAAAUGGAUUUUUAUUCCUUAACAAGAUUUUGCCAUUUGAAAUCUACUGAUAUUGUUAUUUAUCACUUUCUAAUUUUUAAAAUUUAAAGAUGAACCUUUCUAAUUUACUGUACUUUUUAAUAGUAUUCCAUAAGCUUGAUUGCAUUAAUGUUCAUAAGUAUAACCUUUUUAUACCCAAUACUAAUACCCUCGGUAGAUUAAAUGAAGCAUUAUUUGAGAUUAACUCUCUUGAGAUGGCUGGGCAGAUCUAUUGGCCAGACUGUUAUGGCAAAAACAUGAAAGGCAGAUCUAAUUGACCCAAUAAUAAAGCAAGAGUGCCCAUGCCUUAAGAUGGCACUGCUUUUCUCCACUUAUGUCAAUUACUGAGCAGUGGCGUAGCUAGGGUUGUUACCACCUGGGGCUAACAUCUUAGUCUACUUACAAAUACUUUCAUGAUUGUAAACACAAAUUCUUACUUUAUUUUUUUCGAUUCAUAUCAGGGAGAAGUUAAACGUGUUGACCAGAGUUAUUCUCCUUUAAGAAGUAUGCAACUUGUGAUUUGCUUUCAAUAAUUUAAAAUAUAAAAUUUGGAAUGUGUCAAAAAUUUCGUGGGUUAAAAUUGGCAAAUGUGCUGUCCACUGACUUUUAAAUCAAAUUAAAUUGCCAAAAUCUUUCAAUAUUCAUUAACAAUAAGUGAAGCAUGAUGCCUAUAAAAGAGUAAGUCUCCUAGAAGUGUGAGACUCUGGGCCAGUGCUCAUGCCUUUAGACGGCACUGUAGUGACCCGCUAUAAAUGCUUAAAAAAUGUGACCUUGAAAUAUGUCAAAAGGCAUAAGCAGCCACGGAGGAAUAUUUUAUGCAGUUUUUCACAUUGAAUCUAAUUCAAAUAUGGGAUUAGGGCUUACUAAGGCUUCAACAAUCAUAAAAUGUAACAAAAUUAUGCAAGUUAGACUAUUUUAUUCUAAGUGUAAAAAAUAAUUGCAUGCAUAAAUUAUGCAAAUCAGGAUAUCUCAUUAGCAUAAAUUUUGAGAUUUCAGUUGGAUUGAUAGAAUCAUAUUAGUUUAUUCAAUUCUCCACAAGAAUAUAUAUAGUUUUAUAUAAACUUAUAACCUAUUUAUUACCAUACAAAGUAUGGUAAAGUAUGGUAAUAAGAUUAUUUUUUAUAAUUUUUUUGGGAAAGUAAGUGCAGGACUUGUGAAAAGGGCUCCAUCUUUAUGGCACAGACAGUCCAAAAAGGCUCUGUCUAAAGAGGGUUAAACAAUUAAUUUUUAUAAUUACAAACUUACAAUGUUUUGAUAAUGUCCACAUCCUUUAGCAACAUAUGUUAUCAAUAUUAUUUACCAAUUUACAGCAAAUUGAAGAGGCCAGAAGAGAUUUGGAGACGAAAGGUUAUAAAUAUUCAUCUGACUGGAAAUGAGGUAACCCAAAAAGUUUUGGAAUAUUGGUUGAUCCUAAACUUUGUAGGGUGUGCAGCAAUAUAAAACUUUAAAAAAGAAAUACAGAACACAACCAAAUUUCUUUAAAUCUCAUGUCAAUAAUCAACAAGAGACAGUAUUCCUCAUUCUAGAAUUUCAUUACCUACUGGUACUUUACUUUUUAAUUGUGAUUGUUGAUGUUAUUGUAUGUUUCAUUUCCAAUUAUACAUAUCUUAUUGCUACUUUCCUCUAAUUACCAUGAACCAUUGAUAAUUGGUUAUCAGAUACUGGCUCAAUAAUCAACACUAUAAUUUUAUGACUUUAACAAUUUAAAUCAUCUUACUGUAGAGUCUUCGUAAUCUGCAAUUUUAAUGAUAAUUUGUUUUUUAAAGAAAGAAGAAGUGAAUAAACCUUAAUUAAUUACUGAUAAGAUGAAUGUAUAUGUUUUUUUUUUUUAAAAUGUCAUUCCAGUUAACGUCUUUGCUCUCUUUGAGCAAAAUAUCCUUGGUAAUUAUAUAAACAUUGGACCCCAAAAUGUUAUCUUAAUAGUUUUAAUUUUAAAACAAUAUUUAAAAAGCAUAACUUAAACAAAAACAAUAUUAAUUUAUAGUUUUAUUUAAGUACUAUAAAAAUAAUAAUGUUUUCUGUUUACUGAUCACCAUCUAUUGAUAACUGCUGUGUAAAAUAAAAAUUGGUAAUAUUUUACUUUGUUUUCUGUUUUUAAUCUUGAAGUUACUGAAAUAAUUGUUUUCAAAUAGAAAAAUAAUAUAUAUAUAAGUAAAAAAAUAUAUAUAAGGUUGAAGGACACACAUGACAUAUUAUAUUGACAAAGAAACACACUUUUGGUCUGAACUUAAUUUGUCAAUAUUUAAUCAG